UUCAGCUCCUGGCCCUUACACCAACAUAAGGGAGCCUACAAGUCAUUUCCAGUCUUGCCCCUUUAUGCCAUGUGUGGGCCCGCCAAUUUGGUUCCUGCCAGGCACUUGCUAAGAUACGAUAAAUGAUCUGCCCAAAACUGGGUGGAGUAUGGGCCUUCCAGAAUGAAUAGCCAGUCCUGCUGCGCUCCCGCCGUGGGCCUGCGAUGCUGGCUUGGGUGGGGCUUGUACCUUCUGCUGAGGUGCGGGGUCCUUUGCGCAUGCGCUUUUAUGGCUGGCUGUGCGCGUGCGUCUUAGCACUUCCCAGCAUUCCCGGAGAGGGUGGGUCGUGUGACGUCAGAUCGUUUAAUCCGGAAACGGCGGCCGCAGCAGAGGCUACCGAACCGAGGGGUUGUCGUUGGUGGAGUCCCCAGACUUCGGAGGGAAAGGGGCGUGACCCGGAAGCGGAAGCCCAUCCUUCUCUCGGCUCCGGUGAGUGGUCUCUGCUGAGCCGCAGGUCCCGUUUGGGCGGCAGCGUAGGAGGGCUUUUAGGCUGGAGCAUCGGAUGCCGUGCGGUCCGCCUGUCCCUGCCCACAUCGAGGUCUUCACCUCUGCCUGCUCUCGCUAGGUCUGACGGCUGUCUUAGACCUGCUGGUGGAGUCCUACCACCAUGGACCUGUUGUUUGGGCGCCGGAAGACGCCAGAGGAACUACUUCGGCAAAACCAGAGGGCCCUGAACCGAGCCAUGAGAGAACUGGACAGGGAACGACAAAAACUAGAAACCCAGGAAAAGAAAAUCAUUGCAGACAUCAAAAAGAUGGCAAAGCAAGGCCAGAUGGAUGCUGUUCGAAUCAUGGCAAAAGACCUGGUGCGUACCCGGCGAUAUGUGCGCAAGUUUGUGUUGAUGCGGGCCAAUAUCCAGGCUGUGUCCCUCAAGAUACAAACUCUAAAAUCCAACAACUCAAUGGCACAAGCCAUGAAGGGUGUUACUAAGGCCAUGGGCACCAUGAACAGACAGCUGAAAUUACCCCAGAUCCAGAAGAUCAUGAUGGAGUUUGAACGGCAGGCAGAGAUCAUGGACAUGAAGGAAGAAAUGAUGAAUGAUGCCAUUGAUGAUGCAAUGGGUGAUGAGGAAGAUGAAGAGGAGAGUGAUGCUGUUGUGUCCCAGGUACUGGAUGAGCUGGGACUGAGCCUCACAGAUGAGCUGUCAAGUGAGUGUUCCAAAUCCACCUAUUUUCCCACCCAAUGCUCAACCACAGCCCUUGACCCUCAACUCUCUCUGCAGACCUCCCCUCCACUGGAGGCUCACUCAGUGUGGCUGCUGGCGGAAAGAAAGCAGAGGCCACAGCCUCAGCUCUGGCUGAUGCUGAUGCAGACCUGGAAGAGAGGCUCAAGAACCUUCGCAGGGACUGAACACUCCACCUGGACUCAAUGCCUAGGAUCUUCAUCCUGUCCCCCCUGUAAUAAAGAAAUUUGGACACUAACUUACCAAGGCUGAGCUUGUGACUAGUUACACUAAGACCCAAAUUCCAGGUUGGAGUGAAGAGGAUUCUGCUUAAUACAAAGGGCUGAGAGCUACCAAUCAGGUACAGGCUCCCCCACGACUAACUAGCACUAGAGACACCAGUUAGUAUGUUAACUUAAACCAGUGACCAAAGUGGGCUGGCAGCAUCCAGACAAUGCAUACCUCCAUCUAACACAUUCAGUGAGGUGUUUAAUACUAACAAUCCAUGACAACAGAUGAGAUUUAAGCUAAUGACUGUCUACUCAUUAUGUGCUGUUAUGGGUCAUAGCAAGGAUAAUAAUUCAAGUAUUAACGCAUACCUUCAAUCCUGGCACCCUAGACGUAGACAAAUCUGAGUUAAAGGCCAGCCUGGUUUAUAUGUUUCCAGGAUAGCCAGACUCUGUAAAAACAAGAACCCCUUGAGAAUCUACACACAACCCAAUUUGAGUGUUAAGCUUUUGAGUAGCUGCAGGUCUAAAUAUGCUAUCUGGCCACUGGGAGGCAUAUUGCACACUUGAGAACUCCAAGUUUCACCAGAGACUUGUACAAAUAAAUCUUUCACCCUGCCAAAUGAGGUAAGGUCCCCUGUAGAGUAUCAUGCAGGCAGAGUCUAAGUCCUCAGGAACAGUCCCCAAACAGCUGAGGAAUGAGCGACUGACUCAGUGAAGUUUUUAUUAAAUCCACAGAAGUAAAAACCAUUUUGUGAGGAGGGACUGAGGGAUGGGGCCAGCAAGAACAGGUAGUCAGGCCACCAGAGGAAGGACAGGGUAUGGGUUGAAAAUACAGAGACCAGAGCUGGACUGGGCUGACCACAAGAGCCCCAGCUUCAGGGGCCAUCACCAGGACCAGACAGCUCCUGAGAACUUAGGCCAGCACUGGGAAGGUUCAGUGGUGGUGGUUCUACCAGCACAGCAGAAAACUUGGUGUCACCAAAGGCAUCAUUCAUUCGUGUCUCAAAGAAGCGCUGGAGGCCGAUGAUGGACUGAACAUCUGCCUUGUCCU